AGCUGUGUCAUCUCUUUCGGACAUCUGGCGCAAAUAAAUACGAAGAAGCGCAGGGAUUUGGCUGGGAACAAUGAUACACGAUUUGGUUAUGGCUUGUUUGAGCCAUAGUUCCAAGGGGCUGGGUAUAAAGGCCUUCACGGACACCACAGUUAUCGAGCAGUUUAUACAUCCUUGCGAGAGGCAGAUAUUCUUGGAUAUUUUAAAAAUUAUAAAGGUCUACCAUGAAGUUGCUCAGUUUACACAAUCCUUGGGACCACAGAAGAAUACACCUGGCGAACUUCCAGCGGUAGAUCUUUCGCAUGGCUAUUACUUGAUAAACUUGGCCAAGGGCAUCGAGAUUGCUCUCGAGGAGUACUAUGCUGAGAUCAAUAGCCUGGAGCAGUAUUGCUCCGAGAACGAGCGCACUUCGCUCUCAUAUGUCUACAAUGCUCUGCAACUCAAGUUGCCCGUUCUGGUUUUUCUGAGGAACCUCAUCAUGGAGAUCCAGGUGCGAAAACUGCAAGGAUGCGCCAUGCUCCACAACCUCCAUCAGCAGUCUGAGCACGGAGACCUUCAACUGGAAAGAGUGAUCAGGAAAAUUAUGAAGCCUGUUAAGUACGCAUUUUUCUCGAGCCUAGCUCACUGGCUUUUGUUUGGGGUGAUUGACGAUGUCCACUCGGAAUUCUUCAUUAAAUUCACGCCAAACGAUUCGACUGAUAGUAGCUCAUGCAGCAAAUCAGCUAGUAGCUCUGUAAUGAGUGCCGACAAAACCCCCGAGGACUAUAUAUGGCAGUAUGAGAUCAAUAUGGAUCAGCUGCCAGGAUUUCUCUCAAUCAUUGUGGCUGAGAAAGUGCUGUUUGUGGGACAAACUGUGCUGGUCUUCAAAAUGCGGCGAAACGGUACAGCUAAAAGCAAAACAGACCAAUUGGCAGUGAAGCUGGCUGAAUUGUCGCGGGAUGAUAUCUACGAGCUGUGGAACGGCAGAGAAUCCGAGUUCUUUAAAAUGGUUUUAGACCUGAGCAAUGAUGAAACAAUAAAUGUCUUCCGCAUCGAACAUGUUAUAAACGAUAUCAAGAAAUACGUUAGCAUGCGACUCUCGGAAAUAGCUGUUAACGAGGUGGAUCUAGAAAGCCAAAUGGGACUCAUCAAGGACUUCUAUUUGUUGGGCCGAGGAGAGUUUUACUUGGAGUUCUGCUGCCAAAUGAUCGGAACCAUGGAAACGUAUCGUGAAGAGAGAUUUAAAAACAUCACCAGAUCAUUUGAGCUUGCAGCCACCGUCAUGGGAAUCUCAGAUGACUUGGAUCACUUUUCACUUAGUUGCCAAAGGAGCACUGGUGAGCCAGAUGAAAGUUCGGAUUUUCAUAUCUUGCAGGGUCUUAACCUGAAAUACUCUUAUGAGUGGCCGUUGAAUCUGUUGUUUUCGCCUAAGGCAAUCGAGCGAUAUAACAAGAUAUUUCGAUUCCUACUGAUUAUAAGAACUUUUCAGUACGAAAUACAAAGAGUCUGGGCCAAGCAGACUUGGAAGGCAAAAAGUCUGCCAGCACCUUUGGAUAACAAAAUCAUAAAUCUUCGCAAUCAUAUUAUGUUCUUCCUGAACAACAUGCAGUACUACAUUCAAGUGGAUGUUCUUGAAAGCCAAUUUAGUGUUUUUAUGAAUGUAAUUAAAAGCAAGGCUGAUUUUGAGGAAAUACAAAGAGCUCAUACCAUAUUUCUGGCAAAUGUUCUUUCACAAUGCUUCUUGCUUUCCGAUUCGAAGAAGGGCCAUGCUAAUAUCACCGGAUGCCAAACCCAAAACCCCAUUUAUGGAACACUUCUAAAACUCUUCAGUAUUUGUGACAAGUUUGCUCACAUAACCCAAACAAAAGAUCCGCCUGAUGACUUUAUGGGGGAAAUCGACAGUCUUAAUGAAAGAUUUGGCGUUCAAAUUGCGAGCCUUAUCCAACUAUUAGUUGAUGUUAAGUCAGCAUCUUGCUUGGGUCCGCUUUCUCAACUCCUUUUGCGACUGGAUUUUAAUCAUUGGUUUAGCGGGAAACAAAAUGUGUCGGCAUCUAGCAAAUAAAUGAAUGAUGUGCCUAAA